AUGGAGCACAGAGCACGCCAAGCAUGGAUAGCUCAUGCACACGCACGUCUAGGACCCGUCGACAAAAUCGCGCACAAUCGAGCCUCACCUUCCUCCGACAUUCUCAGCGCAAGGGAGGCCGCCAAAGCCGAGCUCGAUGCGGCUGCAGCUUCAAUGGCUGUUAUACGAGUCUCGCUGAACUCUCUGGAACCUGCCUGUCGCCUGUCGCCCGACGUCCUGAUCCAGAUAUUCCUGUGGGCUCGGGACCUCGACGCCCCCGAAAAUCAACGAUACGGACCGCGUUAUGGUUGGCUGGCCCUGUCACAAGUCUGUAACCUCUGGAGAAACACGGCGCUGGAAUGUCGCUCUCUUUGGAACGAGCCGGUAUUGAGCUUGGGGCCGGAGUGGGUCGAAGUCUUCGCCUUACGCUCGUCACCUGCGCCACUCUUCCUCAAAUGCGACACAAGGAUGAAGACCAGAUACUCAAGCGGAAUGGACACUAAGCGUGUGCGCCCUUCACUAGAACAUAUAGUCCAGAUGGCGCCACAACGUGUAGCAAAGGUCGACUUCGCGGCACCGUGGACCAUCAUCGAACCAGUCCUCUCGGUCGUUUUCGCGCAUGCAACGUCGUUGGCAGCGUUGACUUCCGUGUCUCUUCAAACGGACAAGAACUAUGGUGCUCUGCAGAUGCCCGACAACACGUUUUCAGCGUCUCUGAGUUCUCUCACCGCGAUCACUCUUCCCGACGCGCUCCUUGGCUUUCCCUGGACGUUGUUACCAUCCACGCUGAAAUCCAUCACCAUUCUCAGCUCUGGCCACUCACUGAAAGCCACUGAGUCGCGCCAAGUUCUUACCGGUCUAUACCGUCUAUUACGCCGCUCUGCGGAUCUCGCGCUCCUAUCUCUUGAUUUCGAGGACCUCCCAUCAUGGUCGCAUGUUGCCGGGAAGAAGGGAUUGGACCUGCCUCAGCUUCGGACGCUGAGACUGAACGGUCAGGCUGAAGGAUGUCUGAGCGUCAUUGCGUCGAUCAAUACGCUGCGCGGGUUGAACAAGCUAGAAAUAGGCAUCAAGGGCACUAACUGGGAAGCUCUCCACGUCGCCUCUUUUAUCCCCAUCAUACAAUCGGUGUCGAACUCGGCCGAUGCCGACCCAUUUUCGCGCUUAUCUAUCGCCGGAGACUUCACCACCUACCAAACGCAUUUCUCCAUGGACGCUCAUCGUACCUCCGAAUACUCUCAUCUCGUCGACAUGGAGCCAACACAGACGGCGCAGACAGAUCCCAGCUUGUCGAUCAAGUUCGACACCACGGAGAUGCCUAUCUCAGAAGCCGAAGGGAGGCAACUAAUGCUCAACCUCCUCUCUUCCGUCGACACGACACGACUAGAGAGUCUACACACCGCUGUAAGGGGUCUCGCUAACAUAGGAUGGACAGCCAGUGAUUGGAUCAAUCACUUCCGUGCCGCGCAGGGCGUGCAAUACCUCCAUGUCGGCCGGGACUGUUUCAGCCUGUUCUACGCUCUCGGUUCGUCAACUGCAAACACUACACCACCAAGCGGAGAAGCCGUCGAGAAAGGAGCUGACGACGCUCUCGAAUUGGUGAUGGAUGCGUCGGAGAUGUUGUUCCCCAAGUUGCGCGCCCUUAGCUGCGAAGACGUCGACUUCAAGGGAAUCGAUCACAAAGUCAGGAUACCCGCGCAUCAGGCGUUCACGAGGGCUCUUACCGCGCGUAUGGUCUUCUCCGGCAUACCUCGGAAGAUCACGAUGCGGAAGUGCAAGUUACUCUCAGAGCAGGUGAAAUGGUGGGCGACAACCGUUCCAGCGCGGAUGAGGGACUGGGACGCGGACACUCUUAGCGCUCGGGAAACGUACAGCAAUGGGUUCUACUAG